UAGCGGUAGGAAUGGAGGCAAAAAAGAAAAAAAGAAAAAAGAAAAAAGAAAAUCAAUGAUUCCUAUUUUCCCUCGCUUUCUUUCUCUGCGAAUAGAAAUGAGAAAUAUCGGCUACAAUGGCGCUCUCCAGUGAUUAUUAUCGAUGAAGAGGGUAUCUUUCGUUUCAAACCGUUAAUGCAUUCCUUAACCCCAGUCAUUUUUCAUAUUCUCGUUUUUCGGUUUCAAGUCUUAAUCUUGAAACCUAAAAUAUCAACCAUUGACUUCCAUUCACUUGUUCACUUUCCAGGAAAUUUCUCUUCUUGCCAGAAAAGUCACUAUUUUCUGCUUCUUUUACAUUGCCCUGUAGUUUCCCAGUUCAUUGGAUAUAAACAAUCUGAUUUAGCACUCAUGCCUGUGCUUGGUGAUGGAAUUUUGGCUGCUUUUCUUGCUUAAAAACGUAUCAUGGGUACCCGCAGGACCAACGACCCUCCUUUCAUUCGAAUUCAUUCCCUCGAGAUGGCAUCAUUAGAAGAUAAAUCUGUGCUUGACUUUGAGAAUGAGAUUCAUGAUGUUAGAGGUUCAUUGUUCACUAGAAGUGAUGGGCCAAGGAAUAGAGUCCUUGAUAGCAUAAAGAUUGUGGUACUCUCUAACAAAAUCAACUUACUUAUGGUUUUUGGUCCUUUAACAAUCCUGCUUGAUCUGAUGUCUGACAAUCAUGGUUGGGUCUUUGUUUUCAGCUUGUUGGGCAUAAUUCCUCUGGCUGAGCGCCUGGGCUAUGCUACAGAGCAGCUAGCUUUCUAUACUGGACCUACAGUUGGAGGACUUUUAAAUGCUACUUUUGGAAAUGCAACUGAACUGAUAAUAUCAAUUUAUGCAUUGAGGAGUGGGAUGAUCCGUGUCGCUCAACAGUCAUUACUUGGAUCAAUCUUGUCAAACAUGUUGCUGGUGCUUGGAUGUGCAUUCUUCUGUGGUGGACUUGUGAUUGUUGAGAGGGAACAAGUGUUUGAUAAGGGAGCUGCUACAGUGAAUUCAAGUUUGCUGUUGAUGGCAGUCAUGGGCCUGCUAUUCCCUGCUGUUCUCCACUCCACAAGAACAGAACUGCAGUUUGGGAAGUCUGAGUUGGCUCUUUCAAGGUUUAGCAGCUGUGUCAUGCUGGCUGCAUAUGCUGCAUUUCUCUAUUUUCAGCUGAGAAGCCAGAAAAAUCUUUAUGUUCCAGUGAAUGGGGAAGAGAGUCAAAAUUGGAAUGCAGACGAUGAUGAAUCUCCUGAGAUCUCAAAGUGGGAAGCAAUCAUAUGGCUAUUUCUUUUAACUGUAUGGAUUUCGGUCCUCUCCGAAUAUGUAGUUGAUGCCAUAGAGGGAGCAUCUACUGAAUGGAAAUUACCAGUAGCAUUUAUAAGUGUUAUCCUGCUUCCUAUUGUUGGAAAUGCAGCAGAGCAUGCAGGUGCUAUUAUGUUUGCCAUGAAAGACAAGCUUGAUCUCUCUUUGGGAGUGGCAAUAGGCUCGUCAACGCAGAUAUCAAUGUUUGCGAUACCUUUCCUUGUUGUUGCUGGCUGGAUCAUGGGAUGUCCCAUGGACUUAAAUUUUCAACUUUUUGAGACCGCAACACUUUUUAUAACUGUUCUAGUGGUCGCCUUUAUGUUGCAGGAGGGAACUUCUAAUUACUUUAAAGGAUUAAUGCUUAUCUUCUGCUACCUAAUAGUUGCUGCAAGUUUCUUUGUACAUAUGGACCCUUCUUCAGUAGAUCCGCCAAAACCUAGCGAAUAAAGAAAUGAAGUAAUCAUGAGAAUGCAUUUGAGCUGGAGGACUUGUAUCGAAUGCAUGGUUUGUAGAAUUGUACAAAACUUGGUUCUUUUGGGGUGAAGGAUUCUAACAGGUGUUUUUGCUGGAGCCGGAAUUUUGAGAGUUUCAGUUUCAACUUCUGCAGUUUAUAAGAUUUGGUAGCAACUUGUCGAUUUCUUGUGUAUCAUCAUGUAUGUGUGAAGAGGAUGGCUAGAUACAGGCUUUAAUUUGCAUUGAAAUUUAGUGUAGGAUUAAUAGGGAAAGUGAAAAGGCAAGAAAAUCAAAGUAUAUAUUACAAAACAAUAGAAACUUUUACUAACCCUUGUAAUUUCCUUUGCCCUUUGGCUUAUACUUCCCCAUUAUUGAAUCUGUUAUAUCAGUAAAAUUUUAGGGUAGCAUUUCUCUAUAAGAGGGAUAGCCUAUCUUUGAUACUUGGAAGGAGGAAAAUAUGUACCCUCUAUUUGAAAUAUACAAGAAUUUAGUUCAA